GCGGAUUGACCACUUCUGUUACGGGUGCGCGCCUGCCAGUCACGCAGAAGGAUGACCAAAUUUCUGCCGGCGUUGUAUUUUAUUCAUCAUGUUUCAUGGCUCCUCUCUUGUGUCAAUUCACUGGACCCGACGCUUUUACCGAGGAUGACGUUCACACAGGACGAGAUCGCACUAAAAAGCGUGAUCUUACCCGGGGAAAUCCGCACACUUCUUCAUCCAGAAAGAGAUCAUGGCAAGCUGAUGGCAGUCGGAAAAAGACAUUUGAUCUCUCUCAGCUUCCUGUAUCCUCCCAAGACCCCCGUGGAAAGAAAGUUGCUAUGGGCCGAGUGCCCCGACACCGCAGCAUCGCCAAAUGGUUGCAGCUACGAUGUGGUUCUGGCCCACGAGAGGGAGGACGCCAGCCGGGUGUUUGUAUGCGGGACGGACGGAGCAAAAACACUUUGCUGCGACAUGAAUCCAUCAGAGGAUCCUCCCACCUGCAUACCGGCUGACGACCUGGAGAGCAUGCGAGGGAGUAUCAGGAAUUUUAUCUUGAAGGACGCUGAACAUUCUGCUCUCGUUGAAUCUGAAACAAGUUCUUCGCUGUAUGUAACGUACUCCGGCUCUCAGGAGUACGUGGGCGUCCACAAAUUUGGGAAGAACAGAGUGGGACCAGCUAACCACGAUAAAGAGCAGCACUACUUGGGUUUGGUGACGAGCAGACGGAGGGAUGAACCUUUGCAGGACAAAGUUUACGCCUUCUACAAGGAGAGAAAUAAAGAUUUGAACGAGUGGAGCAGCGCGUGGCUUCCGUACGUCUCCCAGUAUUGCAUGGCGGACAUGGGUGGACCCAAGAACAACCUGCAGUUCACCUGGACUUCCCAGAUGAGCGCCAGGCUCUUGUGUGGUGACCCAAAGAGCAAACAACACUUCUUCGAGAUGGUGGACAUUGCCACCGUGCACGCAGAGCAAUGGCAGGACACCCGUGUUUAUGUGCUCUUCAGGAAUGAAUGGAACAUGAGCGCCAUAUGCGUUUAUUCCUCGCAGGACAUCCAGGACGUCUUCACCAACUCGCCGUUUAAAGGCACACACAAUCAGAGGGGCCGGCCCAGGGAGUGCGUUUCAGACAGCACACAUCUCUCUAUGGACGUCCUGAAAAUGACCCAGAUCAACUCUGAGAUGGAAGAGUGGGUGAGGCCUAUAAAGAAAUCGGGCCCACUUCUCAUCAGCCACCACAUGUAUACUCACAUCCGCGCCGACGCUGCUUUCACAAAGGAAAACACGCUUCUCUUUUUGACUCGAAAUUGCGGAGGAGUGGACAAGGUGUUGGAGAGCAAGAGCGCAGCCUUCAUCAUCGCAGAAUACAGACCUUUUGCGCACAGAGCUCAUAUCGACAGCAUCAUCCACCAUCCUUCCUCUAAAAAACUCUACGUCAGCUCUCGCACUCAGCUCGUCCAGAUGGACGUGGCCGACUGUGACCACUACGGAGACACCUGCGAGGAGUGCGUGUUGGCGCGAGACCCAUACUGCGCCUGGGACGGCACCGGCUGCACUGUCGCCACCCCUACCAGUGAUGGCGUGGUUCAGGAUGUGAAUUCGGGAAAUUACCACUUGUGCUCAUCCCUACCUUCUCAUCACAUCACAAAAGUGGUCAAUCGCUCAACCAUGCCCGAGGUGGCUGUGGCACUUCCUCACGGACACCGGUACUUCCUGCCUUGCCCCGUGGGGUCCCGCCAUGCCCAUUACAGCUGGCAUCACGAUGACGGGGGCGCCACACCCUGCGCCUGGAGCCCCCACGGGUGCCUGCUCCUGAUUAACGGCAAGCGGGAGGGGGCGUACACGUGCGUGUCAGAAGAGAGGGGCUUCAGCCGCGUGCUCGCCCGCUACGCCGUACACGUCACGGGCAGCGCCACAUCGACGAGACCCUCGUUUUGGCUUUGUGCGCUGGCUGCUCUCAUCCGCACAAUAACGUAAAGCCUUGGAUGACACCUGCAUUUUUUUUGUCUUUGUGCUAUUUAUUCAUUUGUCAACGUACAACAAAGAGCAUGUACAGUGUUGCUCCCUUAACAAUGUUAACUGUCCUACUUCCUAUUUUGACAAGGCAGGAUCUUGUGGCACCUUUGGGUGUUUCAGAAAAGUGGACAAAACAAGCAACAAAGGUGAGUUCUUCACCAAAUUGCAAGGACCAGGUUCCACAGAAAAAAGUACAAAUAAUUCUUGACACACGAAUGUGCAGGGAUUACUGUAAAUUAUCCCCCCCCCCAAUAUAUAUAUAUUUUCUAUCUAUAAAAUGCAAUAAUAUUAAAA